AUGCCCGUUGGCAUCAAACCCUGUCCCUCCGAGGGCUCCUCCUCACCUGCCGACUCUACAGAGGCACCACGCUCGCCCAAACGUACGGCGGCCGACGCCGGCCUCAAUGCCAAUGGUACACGACCCGCAAAAGCCGUCAAACGCAGGGCUUCCAAAGCCUGCCAAAGUUGCCGCGCCCGCAAAGUGCGCUGUAAUGUGGUCGAACAUGGCCCUCCUUGUACCAACUGCCGGCUCGAUGAGGUAGAUUGUGUGGUGUCGGAGAGCAAACGCAAGAAGAAGUGGACCGCAACCAAUGCUGAACAGGCUUCGAAACCCAACUUGAGUCACCAUCAUGACCAUAAACCCAUCGUCCUUCCAGCGCCCGCACAGCCUUCAUACGAUCCAGGUCGGAGAUCAUCAGAGCAUGUCCCACACACGCUCUAUCAAAAUCUCCCACCGCGAGAUGGACACUCGUCUGGGAGCACAACACAACCACCAAUGACCGAUCUUCUCGCAAAUCUCCAACGUCUCGGUCAUCGCGCUUCAAUCUCACCAUCCAUCUCGCAGGCUCCAGCACAAGCCCCGACCUUUUUCCCACCUCAGACGCCCUCCUACAGUUUGCCGCUCUACAUCAAACCUUUGCCUUCAAAACUUGGAUUAGAUGAUAUACUAUAUCUGGAAAAGAAGGGAGCAUUAGCGAUUCCGCCGACGCAGAUUAGAGAUGAACUGCUGAGGAGUUAUGCAGAAUUUGUGCACCCAUAUAUGCCGCUGCUGGAUAUUCACGAGCUGGUCGCGACGAUUGAUAGUGACGAUGGUGCGGCACCGAUCAGCCUGCUGCUGUUCCAAGCCAUCAUGUUCUCCGCCACCGCAUAUGUUGAUCUUCGACAUUUGCGCCGAGCAGGCUAUCACUCACGCCGAGACGCUCGACGGGAAUUCUUUCAAAAGACACGACUGUUGUACGACUUCGACAUUGAAAUAGAUCGAAUCUCGCUCAUCCAAUCGCUCCUGCUGAUGACUUACUGGUACGAGACGCCUGAUGAUCAGAAAGACAGCCAUCAUUGGAUGGGAAUUGUGGUGUCCUUGUCGAACACGAUUGGAUUACAUCGCAAUACGGAAAAAUCGACAGCGAUGGAUGAUGCUCGAAAAAAGCUGUGGAAGCGGAUAUGGUGGUCGACGUACAUGCGAGACCGACUUAUCGCUCUCGGCAUGCGACGUCCCGUGCGCAUCAAGGAUGCGGAUUUUGACGUUCCCAUGCUCAAUAUUGAUGACUUCGAAGACGCCAUCUUACCUGAUGGUCCCUCGUGCAUUCCCGACAAUUGUCGAGUCCUUCGCGACGCAAAGAUCCAGCGGCAGCUCGCCAUCAUGUGUAUGGAAAAGGUCAAGCUCUGUGUAUGCAUGAGCCACGUUCUCUCGGUACAGUACUCAGUUUUGAGCAAUAACCACGGCGUCUUGAGUGAAGAGGGCAGCACGAUCACGACGGUCCGCCUGGCGGCUAAGAAGCGAGACCCUGAGAUUUCCGAGGUGCAAAGCUGUGACCGCGAGCUUACAGAAUGGAAAAAUGGUCUGCCUGGCGAUGCACAGUACGGAGAUUCUUCAUGGCAGGAAUUCGAAGCGGGCGGCAAUGCCAGUGUUAUGCUGAAUCGCGCUCUGUUGUUUAUGAUUUACUAUGCCACGCUGUCCGCGCUGCACCGCCCGCAAGUGCUGCCCUCGAAUGCUGCCCAGUCCCGAGCGGUUCAGACAGACAUGUUGAAUCAUUCGCGCAAGACUGUCCGCCUGGCCGCAACAGAGAUUACACGCAUAGCCAACACCAUCUACACGUCGGAUCUGACCCGCUAUCUACCGACGACGGGAAUAACAGUCCUGAUCCCAGCCAUCAUCAUUCACUUGCUCGACAUCAAGGCACCGGAUGAAGCCACUCGGCGGGCGAGUCUUCAAGGGUUCUGCCAGUGUAUGCAGGUCUUGGGCAAGCUUCGUGAUAUCUACGCCGCAGCGGACUACUCCGCCGCUUUCCUCGAGGCUGCCAUUCGCAAGGCCGACAUCUCACUUCCAUCAGCUUGCCUCCCUUCGGGUGGCCUCCCCAGCAAGGGAGGUGACAAUGAAGACCUGAAGCAGUCGUCCUCACGAAAUGUGAUUACCUCUACACAGGGACUGGUCGAUGCGGGCCGAAGAAUUGGUCUGCUUGGAUUGGCAUCUCCUCAUGCGCGACCCAAUCCCGGCGCGCUGACCCCACCGCCUGACGACAGCGGCUCUGCUUCGUCCUUCAGAUUACAACGUAUGCCCUCCUCCUCUUCUUCAUCUACCUUUUCCAGUCAAAAUCAACACAAAAUUCACCCGAACGAAUCCUCUCCAUGGUUCAUCACGGACGCCGCCUUCGCUCGCACACUGAACACCUUUCUAGCAUCUACACCUCCGACGGACUCCGAUUUCCAAAACCCGUUAAGCGAUGACAGCCAUUUGAGCGCCCGUCAACGCCACGGCUUUGAUCCAAUGAUUUCUGCGCAAACCCAUCAAAAUGUCUCCGGGUACAGCCAGCAUCGGGGCUACCAAAAUCACCACCAUCACCACCACCAUCCUCUGCUUCCACGACCGCCUCACAUGACGACCACGACAACAAUGGCUACUCCUACCACAACUGCCACUGCGGAUGCGUCGUACAUCACGAUUCCACAGAAUGGUCUGAAUGAUUUCGACUCGAACGAUAAUGAUUCAGACAUGCUCGAUGCCGACCUGCGAGGUCACGACAACCAAGCGUCCGGGGAUGAUGAUUCUGAUUUCGACUCGUUCAUCAACCUCGACGCCGCUGGCGAGGUCUUGUCCUUGGACGAGGGUGCAUUUGCAGCGAUGUCGGGAGAAAGCGGCGGCUUUACCAUGGACAUGGAUUGGUUGAAAGGAAUGAAGGAAGAUGGUGGGUUGGAAGAAGCUGGCGCAGAAUUGGUAACGAUCGAAGAAGUCACUGGUGGUGAAAUGGAGGCAAGCGCUUGA